ACAAAAAUAUUAUAGCCUUCGUUUACUCCUCCUUGCCAUUUUUAUGAAAAAAAAACUCUCUCUCUUUUCUCGCUCUAUUGAUAUUUACGGCUUCGUUUUCUCUUUGAUCUUCAAAAGCUAGGGUUUGGUUCAAUAUCUAUUUCGCUCCAAAUAGAAAAAGCUUGAAAAAGCUCUACGUUUCGAAUCUGUCGAUUCAAUUUUAGGGUUUAUAGAUCUGUUCGGCUGUUAAUCUCUGAUUCAAAUAUGUUUUGGAAGCUUCCAGUUCUGUCGUCUUGUUCUCCGGUUGAAGCAGUGCUAGACAAGGAAAAUUUCACUUUGGAAGAGCUUCUUGAUGAAGAAGAAAUAAUCCAAGAGUGCAAAGCUUUGAACAGUCGUCUCAUAAAUUUUUUGAGGGAGAGAACACAGGUUGAGCAGUUACUGCGCUACAUUGUUGAAGAGCCUUCUGAGGAUGCUGAUAGCAAACGGACAUUUAAGUUCCCUUUCAUUGCCUGUGAGAUAUUUACUUGUGAAAUUGAUGUCAUCCUUAAGACUUUAGUGGAUGACGAGGAGCUAAUGAAUUUGCUCUUCUCAUUUUUGGAGCCAAGUCGUCCCCAUAGUGCCCUGCUGGCUGGGUAUUUUAGUAAGGUGGUGAUAUGCCUUAUGGUGCGAAAGACUGCUGCACUUAUGAAUUAUGUUCAGGCCCAUCAUGAUGUUUUCCAACAGAUGGUGGAUUUGAUUGGUAUCACAUCCAUAAUGGAGGUUUUGGUGCGACUUGUAGGAGCUGAUGAUCAUAUGUACCCCACUACUAUGGAUGUGAUGCAAUGGUUGACUGAGAGCAAUUUAUUAGAAAUGAUCGUGGACAAAUUGAGUCCCUCUUGUUCUCCUGAAGUACAUGCUAAUGCAGCAGAAUCACUAUGUGCAAUAACCAGAAACACACCAUCCCCUUUGGCCACCAAACUAUCAAGCCCAAGUUUUGUAGCCAGGAUAUUUGGUCAUGCCCUUGAAGACUCACCUUCAAAAUCUUCCCUUGUCCAUUCACUGUCUGUCUGCAUCUCUCUGCUGGAUCCAAAAAGAUCAAUUCCAUCAUCCAUGAUGUAUUCUUUCCGGAACCAGCAGAUUUAUGAGUCUCCCGUGCAUGUCAAUCCAGACACUAUCGAUGCAAUGCUUCCUAAACUUAGUGGUUUGCUUGAGCUGUUGAAUGUGUCCUCUGAUGAGAAGGUUCUGCCAACAACAUAUGGAGAACUCAGGCCGCCUCUAGGAAAGCAUCGUUUAAAGGUAGUGGAAUUCAUUUCUGUGCUACUGAAGACUGGUAAUGAAGUUGCAGAGAGAGAAUUGAUCAGCUCUGGGACAAUUGAGAGGGUCCUGAAUCUAUUUUUUGAGUACCCUUAUAACAAUGCAUUACAUCAUCAUGUGGAGAGUAUAAUAUACUCAUGCUUGGAAAGUAAGACCAACACAAUCGUUGACCAUCUUUUUGAGGAGUGCAAUUUGAUUGGGAAAAUUAUCCAAACAGAUAAACAGCCUACAGUUUCUGGUGAUGGAAAUCAGCCCACCUUACCAGCUACUGGAAAACAAGCACCCCGAGUAGGUAAUAUAGGGCAUAUUACUAGGAUUUCUAACAAACUUAUUCAGUUGGGAAACAACGACAACUGCAUUCGAGCACAUCUCGAGAAGAAUAUGGAAUUUAGUGAUUGGCAUACCACUGUCUUACAGGAGCGUAAUACAUUAGAAAAUGUCUACCGCUGGGCUUGUGGCCGACCUACUGCAUUGCACGACAGAACAAGGGAGAGUGAUGAGGAAGACGUUCAUGACAGAGAUUAUGAUGUAGCAGCUUUAGCGAAUAAUCUGAGUCAAGCAUUUCGUUACACCAUAUAUGAUAAUGAUGAUGCUGAAGAGGGGCGUGGAGCUCUCGAUCGAGAUGAUGAGGAUGUUUAUUUUGAUGACGAAUCUGCUGAAGUUGUGAUAUCAUCCCUGAGGUUGGCAGAUGAUCAGGGGAGCAGUUUGUUCACAAAUUCAAAUUGGUUCGCAUUCCAAGAUGAUAGAAUUGGUGAUGCUUCUAUGAGCACCUCACCUGCUGAUGUGAUGGAGGAUAUUAACCUCAAUGGAAUGUCAAAUAGUAGCAACAGCAAUAGUGAUGAUGAAGUGGUAGUUGGAGAGGAGGAUGAAUUGGCUGAGAGCAAAAAUUCUAAUACAAUACCUAACUCCAGUUCGAACCCCUUUAAUGGGUUCAGCAUAGCCCAUUCUGGUAAUGAUGGGGACUUUAAUCAACAGAAUGAAAAAGCAGGCUCCACAACUGACAUGACGUUCGAGACAUCAGGGAGUGACGACCCCUUUGGAGACAGGUCUAUGCCUGAAUGGGUAGCAUGGGGGGAUGCCUCAAAUUUUCAAGUUGGUGGAUCCACUGUCAACCCAUUUUUAGACCAUAGCAACUCUGCUGACCAUCUUGCCAACCCAGGGGAAACAGGAACUACACCACUUAAUUCCACUAGUUGUAGUGGAGAAUCUAUUCCAAAUGGUGUCUCAUCUCCUGAUUCUAGCAAAAGUUCAGGAUCUGAUUCUAGUCAGAAAGCAACCACUGUUCCUUCUUUGUUUGAAGAGGAUGUUGAAUUUGUUGGCGUGGAAUUGGAGGGUACCGAGAAGGCCAUGGAACAUGCUCUUAAAGAAGGGAUUGUCGGUGAAGCUGCUCCGUUGAAAAGGAGCAUUGUUCCUAAGGUACCAGAAAAGGAGAGCACAGAUGAUGGUGGGGCAGGAACAAAAGAGUACAAUGAUGCUAACUACUGGAGAGUUGACCAAGAAGUUGCAGUGUCGGAAUGACUGUGGGAGAUCUCUAUUGAUUUGUUAUUAAAAUCUGGAAUCCAGAGCUAAUAGCCAGGAUCCCCAACUAUCGAUUGGUGAGUUUAUGCAGUAGAUGUGUACAGUGUACUUUGGUUACAAUUGGGAUUGAACUGUAGGCUAAUGUAAGGUUUGUCACCAAUUAAUUAUUGUUACUCUUAUUUAUGUUCAUUAUUCAGGUUAUGAUUUCAUUGUAAAUUUUUUUUUUGGUU